CUAAGUGUGGAGGUCAGUCAGGACUCGUGGGGACCUGCAGAUUGGUGCUGAAGCUAGUCUUGGGUUUUUUGAAGUUUAACAAUGGAGUCAUUCUCUGCUGAGACCAAUUCAACUGACCUACCCUCCCAGCCUUUGUAUGAACCCCAAAUAAUUCUCUCCAUGGUCAUUCUUGGCCUCACUUUUUUAUUAGGAUUGCCAGGCAAUGGGCUGGUGUUAUGGGUGGCUGGCCUAAAGAUGCAUCGGACAGUGAACACGGUUUGGUUUCUCCACCUCACCCUGGCAGAUUUUCUUUGCUGCCUCUCCUUGCCCUUCUCCCUGGCUCACUUAGCUCUCCAGGGAUACUGGCCCUAUGGCUGGUUCCUGUGCAAGCUUAUCCCCUCCAUCAUCAUCCUCAACAUGUUUGCCAGUGUCUUCCUGCUUACUGCCAUUAGCCUGGACCGCUGUCUGAUGGUACUUAGGCCAAUCUGGUGUCAGAAUCAUCGCAAUGUGAGGACAGUCUUCGCUAUUUGCGGAUGUAUUUGGAUGGUGUCUUUUGCAAUGUGUAUUCCUGUGUUUGUGUACCGGGAAACAUUCACUGAAGAUAAUGUUGAAAGGUGUGGCUACAAUUUUGGUCUCUCCAGCUCAUUAGAUUAUUCGGACUACACCUAUGAUCUAGAUGUAUUGGAAAAUGGGUCUUUUACCAACUCCAUUGUUCAGCAGCUGGGAAAAAUGGCUAAGUUAAAUUUUUCCUCUUUCCCAACAAAUGAUCAUCCUUGGACAGCUCCCACUGUCCUCCAAUCUCAAACAUUUCAAAAACCUUCUGGAGAUUUGAUCCCUGCGGAGUCAGCAAGAUUAUCUAGUCAACAUCCACCUUACAAUUCGCAUAAGCCUCCUGAUAUUUCACCUGCAAGCCCCAGUGGGCCUCUCAUCGAAGAUCACAAAACUAACGGCCUGCACAACCCUCAUACUUUUCUCCCUACUGAUUUAGACCUUUACCCCAGCACUCCUAAUGAUGCCUUAUAUGAGCCUGAGCUAUCACAUGAUUUCCUGGAUUAUGAUUUAGGCCAAUUCACAGAUAACAGUCAAGUGCCAAAACCUCUGAUGGCAAUAAGCAUCACAAGGUUAGUGGUGGGUUUCUUGCUGCCUUUUAUUAUCAUGGUGUGCUGUUACAGCCUCAUCGUUUUUCGAAUGCGACGGAGCCAAUUGGUGAAGUCUCGGAGCAAAACUUUCCGAGUGACGAUGAUGGUUGUGACUGUAUUUCUUGUCUGUUGGACUCCGUACCAUAUUGUUGGAGUCCUAUUAUUGGUUAUUAACCCAGAAUCUCCCUUGAGGGAAGCUCUGUUAUCCUGGGACCACGUGGCCAUUGCUCUAGCAUCUGCCAAUAGUUGUUUCAAUCCCUUCCUUUAUGCCCUCUUGGGGAAAGAUUUUAGGAAGAAAGCAAGGCAGUCCAUGAAGGGUAUUCUGGAGGCAGCCUUCAGUGAGGAACUUACUCACUCUACCAGCUGCCCUCCAAACAAAGUCUUUUCAGAAAGAAACAGCCUCAGUACAGGUGUGUGAAAAUACAGAGCCACCUAUGAAAGUAGAUGUUUUUAGGUGAGUAUAUGUAAAAGAAUGAGGGAUAUGGUGAGCAGGAGACUUCAGAAACCAUCAAAUAACCAAUCCAGCUAUUCUCAAAGUAUGGUCCCAAAUCACUAGCAUCAGGAUCAACUGGAAACUGUUAGAAAUUCAAUUCUCAAACUUCCAUUGCUGAAUCAGAAUCUCUGGGAGGUGAGGCCCAUUGUUUUAACAGACCCUUUUGUUUCUGAUCGACACUGAAUUAGAGAAUCAUUAUAAAAAUUAGUCUAUUUCUAUCCCUGUC